AUGUUGCGGCGGAUGUGGCUCGCGCUGGUCUGCGUCGCGUGCUCCAUGGCGGUGGCGGUGCCGGCGGCGUGCCUGUUGCUGAUGGCGCGGGCGCUGUGGCGUGCGGCGGCGCGUGCGGCGGCACUCGACGCCGAGCUCGCCAGGCACAAGGAGGCGCUCCGGCAGGCGGAGCGCAAGAGCAUGAACAAGAGCAACGCCUUCGCCAGCGCCAGCCACGACAUCCGCUCCGCGCUCGCCGCAUUCGCCGGCUACAUCGAGGUCUCCCGCCCGGAGGCGCAGACCAACCCCAUCGUCAUGCACAACCUCAAUGCCAUGGACGUCUGCACCAAGAAGCUCUUCGAUAUACUCAACACGAUAAUGGACACAAGCAAGGUGGAGUCAGGGAAGAUGCAGCUCGAGGAAGUCGAGUUCAACAUGGCCGAUGCACUGGAAGAAUCCGUGGACAUGGUCAGCGUCAUCGGCAUCAACAAAGGAGUUGAGGUGGUCUGGGAUCCCUGCGACUUCUCAGUCCUGCUAUGCGAAAACGUCGUCGGGGACUGCAGAAGAUUCAAGCAAAUCCUCGACAACCUGCUUGGCAAUGCUUUGAAGUUCACACAGGAAGGGCACGUUGUCCUCCGGGCCUGGGCGAACCGACCGAUCGCGAGGAGCUCCAUUUGCACACCUUCGAGGUUUGCUCAUCGAAGGAGUGGUGGCGGAGGCGGGUUUUGGGGGUCCGUGUUUGGGAAGGGGAGAAAUUGCACCAAGCAGAAUCCUUGCAAUUCUUUGUGGAAUGAUCCUGAUUCGGUUGAGUUUUACUUUGAGGUGGUCGACACCGGCAUAGGGAUCCCCAUGGAGAAGAGGGAGGCUGUGUUUGAGAACUAUGUUCAGGUGAAAGAAGGGCAUGGAGGCACUGGCCUGGGGCUUGGAAUCGUGCAAUCUUUUGUUCGUUUGAUGGGAGGAGAGAUCGGCAUAAAAGAUAAAGAGCCAGGAGAAACAGGGACAUGCUUCGGAUUUAAUGUGUCCCUGAAGAUCAGUGAAAGGCAAGACCAACAAGUUGCAGAUAUAGAACAAGGGACGUACACCUCAUCAUCCAAAAUGAGUGAUUCCGACAUCCGUGCCUUGCUGUUCAGGGAAACCAACUGCUUCAAGGGUGGACAUUGCCUUCUUGUAGUUCAUGAGUACGAAACCAGAAGAAUAUUGCAUACAUGGAUGGAGAGCAUUGGGAUGAAAGUUUGGAUAAUCCCACGAGUCGAUCUUAUCUCUUCUACCUUGGAGAGGAUUCAUUCUACCAGUGUUUCACCUUCAAGGGCAUCGUUGUCACACAGCGGCUUAGACUGUGAAACCACAGACUGGUGUUUCAGCCCCAAGGAGAUGGUUAACCAAGUUUUACCAAUGGCGUUGAGGAACAACAACAAUAUGGGAGGCAACUCUGGAGGGGACCAUCCAUUUGGCGCACUUGUCAUUCUUGAUGUGUCGAAUGAAAGGUUGGACGACAUAUCCAGAGAGGUGGCGAGCUUGGGCAAAAUCAAGAAUCAGGCUCCAUGCAAACUUGUCUGCUUGGCUGAUCUGAAGACCUCUUCGGAAGAUUUCGCAAGGCUGGAGAGGAGCUUCGAUCUCGUCCUGCGGAAACCGAUGCACGGUUCUCGGCUAUACAGGCUUCUCAGGACCAUGAGAGACAUCCAGGUCUCACCUGCACAGCAUCCAUACCAAGCCUGUCCUAGUAAUCCUGGGGCUAGCCAGAAAUAUUUCCAUGGGAUUGCCAUCAGAGAACAACCAGAUCAGACCGCUGGAUCUGCUGAAACUGCAUGUCUGCCUCAGGAACCCAAGAUUCAAGAUGACAGGCUGCUGGACGGGAUGCGUGUCCUGAUGGCUGAAGACAACCAGGUGCUGCAAAUUAUUCAGGAGAGGAUGCUGAGCCAGCUAGGAGCAACUGUCGAAGUAGCAGGGGAUGGAUCCAGGGCUGUGGAUAUGUUCAUAGAUGCUCUUGAGCGUGCAGGUGUUUCAGAGGGUCAUACAGUUCCCUUACCCUAUGAUCUUGUUUUCAUGGAUUGCCAGAUGCCGCUGAUGGAUGGCUACGAAGCGACAAAGCGCAUCCGCGAGGAAGAAACGCACUACAAGAUUCACACCCCGAUCGUCGCAUUGACCGCUCAUGCCCUGGAGGAGGAUCUGCAUCAGACCAUUCAAGCCGGGAUGGAUCUCCACCUGACAAAGCCAAUACAACGGGAGCAAAUAGUAGAUGCUCUUCAUCAGAUCUGCAAAGAGAAGAGCUGUUGCUGUGCAUUUCCCACCAUCCAUGAGUAGAUUGGCGAUCAUGUUUAUACCCAGAUUUUACGUUUGAUUAGCUAAUUUCGUUGCUAUUGAAAAAAAAAAUCCCCUCAACAAAUAUUACACAUUUUAGAUGAUCUAUUAUUACACGUUUGAUUAGCAUGUUUCUUUGGUGUAUUACCCACCGGACGAAGGACUACGGUCGCCAGGCUGGUGCGCGGAAGGACCGUGGCGGUGGCUUGACUGCGGCGUCAGCUUAUUUCAAAGAAAUUGAAGGAUGCUACAUAUGUCAUUUUGUAGCAGCAUGUUUGUUUAGUGUUUUCGCCAGUUCUGAAUGCUGCUGUAUUCCGCAGUUUUGAAUGAUGCAACUAUGUAUGUGUAAACAGCUAGAAAUCUAUCCAU